AUGUCACAAGAAGGCGAACCCCAGAACUACAUGUUCAAGACCAUGCGUGAAGCGUGCUCCAUCCCAAAGGAAGAAGAUAUCCUAGACUACAUUCACUCCCUCUCGGACGCCGAGCAAAAAGUUGCCUUUGGAAAGAUCCAGGCGAUUGAGACGGAAGCGAUGGCGAAGCAGAUUCCGCAGCCAGGUCUGGUGGCGUUGAUGGAGUUUCUGGAUCAAUUUGACAUUAAAAAGGGAAUAUGUACGAGGAACUUCGACGCGCCAGUCGACCACCUCCUCAAAACCCACAUACCACACCACAUCAACCCCUUCCACCCGAUCAUAACCCGGGACUUCCGGCCGCCAAAACCCUCACCAGCCGGGAUCUUACAAAUCGCCCACUCCUGGGGCGUCACAACCUCGUCUUCCGUGCCCUCAACGCCAUCAGAUGAGAGACUAUUGCCACUCAUCAUGAUAGGCGAUAGUAUAGACGACAUGACCGCGGGCUACGAUGCCGGUGCUUUGACUGUUUUGUUACGGAGUGAGGGAAAGGAGGGGUUGGAGACGCAUGAGAAGACGGAUGUAGUGGUUGAUAGGCUGGAUGAUCUGGUGGAGAUGCUUGAGAAGGGCUUGAAUUGA